GUGAUUGUCCAAUUCGUCGCUAACAAUGCCUUCCUUGGAGAUGAAUGACCUAAAAAAGAUAGGGCUAGGUUUGACUGGGUUUGGUGUGUUCUUUACAUUCCUGGGAGUGAUAUUUGUGUUUGACAAGGGACUCAUCGCCAUGGGGAAUAUUCUCUUCUUAGCUGGUGUGACUCUAACCAUUGGAAUCAACCCGGCAAUCCAAUUCUUUACUAAACGGCAGAAUUUUAAGGGUACUAUAUCGUUUGGAUUGGGCUUCUUGUUGGUUGUGUUUGGAUGGCCUAUUUUCGGUUUGCUUCUAGAAUCAUAUGGGUUCCUUGUGCUUUUUAGUGGUUUCUGGCCUACACUUGCCGUCUUUCUUCAAAGGAUACCUCUAUUAGGCUGGCUUUUGCAGCAACCAUACAUCAGAUCGUUGCUGGAUCGCUACCGUGGAAGGCGCAUCGAGUUUGAAGUAAUUCAUGUAGAUCUCGACAAACUUGAACAGAAAAAACCAGAACAUCUUCUUCGUCAGCCGUUUGGUCAAGUUCCAGCUAUUGAAGAUGGAGAUCUAAAGCUUUUUGAAUCGCGAGCCAUAGCGAGGUACUACGCGACAAAGUAUGCGGACCAAGGAACGGACCUAUUGGGGAAGACAUUGGAGAAACGAGCCAUUGUGGACCAGUGGGUGGAAGUUGAGAAUAACUAUUUCUACGCUGUGGCUCUACCCUUAGUUAUUAACAUCGUCUUUAAGCCCAUGUUUGGUGAGCCAAUCGACGUCGCUUUGGUUGAGGAGCUAAAGGUCAAGUUCGACAAGGUCUUGGAUGUGUAUGAGAACCGGUUAGCUACGAACCGGUACUUGGGCGGUGAUGAAUUCACAUUGGCUGAUCUGACUCAUAUGCCCGGUAUGAGAUAUAUCAUGAAUGAAACCAGUUUGAGCGGUUUGGUUACGUCUCGAGAGAAUCUUAACCGGUGGUGGAAUGAGAUUUCGGCUAGACCGGCUUGGAAGAUGCUCAUGGAAUUGGCUGCCUAUUAAAUUACUUCAAGUUUAUAAGGAUGGUGGUGCUGAUGAUGAUAACGUGCUAUUAGUAUUUUAUUUUCCCCCAUAUAAAGUUAAAUCGCAUGU